GAUAACAAGAAAACAAUCGGCGGCUCUUUCCUCAAAGCAAUUUAGUGGGAGGACCCCUAUGCUGCAGGAACGCCUAGGGUUCAAUCGAAUGGGACGACUUUUUUAAUUCUUGAGCGUCGCCCGUCGCAGAUCUUCUCUUCUCAAUUCCUCCCUCCUCAUUCUCCUCGCCUGCCUCUCCUCGUGCCAGUGACCGAGUCGAAACAGCGCGCGAACAAUCGUAACCAUCACGCCUUUGUGCCCCGCGCCGAGCAGAACAUCCGACUGUUCUUCUCUCUCCACACCGACUUCAGUCCCACGCGACACGCCACACGACCGCACAGCACUCACAACACUCUCAAUAUGAGCGAACGACCUCAGAAUGUCGGCAUCAAGGCCGUCGAGCUCUACUUCCCCAGCCAGUGCGUUGACCAAGCAGAGCUCGAAAAAUUCGAUGGCGUUAGCGCUGGCAAAUACACCAUUGGUCUUGGACAGACCAAGAUGAGCUUCUGUGACGACCGAGAAGACAUCUACUCAUUCGCCCUCACGACCGUUUCCUCGCUUCUGAAGAAGUACAACAUCGACCCAAACUCCAUUGGCAGACUCGAAGUCGGCACAGAGACUCUUCUCGACAAGUCAAAGUCAUGCAAGACUGUGCUGAUGCAGCUCUUUGAGCCAUCUGGCAACACCAACAUUGAAGGCGUGGACACUGUCAACGCAUGUUACGGAGGUACCAAUGCACUUUUCAACACAGUUGCUUGGGUGGAGUCGUCUGCCUGGGACGGACGGGAUGCCAUCGUCGUGGCAGGAGACAUCGCGCUUUACAAGAAGGGCAAUGCCAGACCCACGGGAGGAGCUGGCUGCAUCGCCAUGCUCGUUGGACCAGAUGCCCCAAUCGCUUUCGAGCCGGGCCAGCGUGGCAGCUACGUGAAGCAUGCAUACGACUUCUACAAGGCCGAUUUGACCAGCGAGUACCCACUCGUGGACGGUCACUACUCGAUCAAGUGCUACACUGAAGCAGUAGACGCCUGCUACAAGGCCUACAAUGCUCGUGAGAAGCAGCUCAAGAGCAAGGCAAAUGGUCACACGAAUGGUGUGCACGAGUUGGAGACACCUCUUGACCGAUUCGACUACAUGGCAUUCCACGCCCCGACCUGCAAGUUGGUCUCCAAGAGCUAUGCGCGAUUGUUGUACAAUGACUAUUUGGCCAACCCUGAGGCUGAGAUCUUCAAGGAUGUUCCUGCUGAGAUCAAGGACCUCACAUACGAGCAGUCCAUUUCCGACAAGACUGUCGAAAAGACCUUUGUCGCACUGGCCAAGAAGCGAUUCGCGAGCCGUGUGCAGCCUGCAACCGAGGUCCCAACACAAUGCGGUAACAUGUACUGUGCCUCCGUAUACGCAUCGCUUGUGUCACUGCUCAGCAACGUAUCCUCGGACGAUCUUCAAGGCAAGCGCCUCGGCAUUUUCUCGUACGGUUCCGGUCUCGCAUCUUCACUGUUCUCCCUCAAGGUCCGGGGCAGCAUCAAGGAGAUCGCGGAAAAGAUUGACCUUCACACGAAGCUCGAGGGACGUCGUGUUGUUAGCCCAGAGACAUACGAGGAAUUCUGCAACCUUCGCGAGAAGGCCCACCUGAAGAGCAACUACAAGCCACAGGGCAGCAUUGACACGAUCGCUCCUGGCACAUAUUACCUCACGGAGGUUGACGACAUGUUCCGCAGGAAAUACGAGAUUAAGCAGUAGACGCACCAUGCAUGAGUUGCCAGUCUAGAGAAUGGCAACGAUAAUAAUCAGCAGUGCAUUUGAUGGCGUUUGAGGAAAUACUAGAUACCAUUUUGGCAUGACCCAGGUCCGCGUGAAUGGCACUUGGAGAGUUGGCGACAGGAGGCCAAGCGAGGUAUCACUGACAUCGAUACGCUCUGCCAGAGCGCAACGCAGCGAUGUCGCUGUGGGGUCGAGAGAUGACAGAGAUCUCUUUCAGAGAGCGUCUAGAGCCGAAAGAAGGCCGUUUGUAGAUAUCGUGGUAACAUCGGCAAAACAAUCAGACUUGUUCUGCAGCACACAAAUUGACUCUGAUGUCACCCGUGCACGGUUCCCGUGAACAGUCUCUUCC